CAAACACACACACAACAUAUCAACGCCCUAUAUUACUCGAUCACACGAUAUCCAUUGCCACGUGUACGACGAUUAUCCCUGAUGAAUGAAUUCUCUCCUCUUCUCAUCUCUUCUGGCAGAGACAGAAUCCCCACUCCCCAGUCUCUGCCAGAGACUCCCCAGUUCAUCCCCAGUUCUCCUCUCGUAAACCCUAAUUCUCUAGAAGCCUCUUCCGAUUCACUUCUACAAAGAAGGAGAGACAGAGACAUGGUGAUCGAAGUCUCCUCCAAUGGCGACUUACAACCUCACCAUCAACAUCACAAUCACCAUCACCAUCACCAGCAGCAGCAACAGAUGAUUCUCGGCGACAGUAGCGGAGAAGACCUCGAAGUGAAAGCUCCGAAGAAGAGAGCGGAGACUUGGGUCCAGGAAGAGACUCGGAGUCUGAUCAGUUUUCGCCGCGAUGUUGAUGGUUUCUUCAACACUUCCAAGUCGAACAAACACUUGUGGGAACAGAUCUCGGCCAAGAUGAGAGACAAAGGGUUCGAUCGAUCGGCGACUAUGUGUACAGACAAGUGGAGGAACCUGUUGAAGGAGUUCAAGAAGGCUAAGCACCUAGAUAAGACUAGUGCUUCGGCCAAAAUGUUGUAUUACAAGGAGCUCGAGGACUUACUCAGAGAUAGGGGCAAGAAUGGUCUGUAUAAGGGUCCAAGUUCUUCAAAAAUUGAUUCGUUUAUUCAGUUUUCUGAUAAAGGUCUUGAGGAUGGCAAUAUCCCAUUUGGUUCAGUGGAAGCUAGUGGCCGGUCAACGGUGAACCUUGAAAGAUCUUUAGAUCAUGAUGGUGACCCGCUUGCCAUUACCACAGCUGAUGCAGUUGCAGCCAGUGGAGUACCCCCUUGGAACUGGAGAGAAACCCCUGGAAAUGGUGGUGAGGGAAACUCUGCUUAUGGUGGGAGGGUCAUAGCAGUGAAGUGGGGUGAAUACACUAGAAGGAUUGGUAUUGAUGGAACUGCAGAUGCAAUAAAGGAGGCAAUCAAGUCUGCUUUUCGCUUACGAACUAAACGGGCAUUUUGGUUGGAGGAUGAGGAUAAUGUCAUUCGGAGUCUUGACAGAGACAUGCCUUUGGGCAAUUACACUCUUCACCUUGAUGAAGGAAUCUUGAUAAAAGUAUGCCUGUAUGAUGAGUCUAACAGCAUGGCAGUUCGUGCCGAAGACAAAACUCUGUAUACUGAAGAUGAAUUUCGGGAUUUUCUCAGUCGUAAUGGCUUUAUAGGUUUGAGGGAGAUAAACGGGUAUAGAACCUUUGAUAAUUUGGAUGAUCUUAGGCCUGGUGCAAUGUACCAAGGGGUGAGACUUCUUCUGGGUGACUAAAGCUUUGUCAUCUAGUCUUGGAGCAAAGGGCUUAAAUUCAUUCCUUAAAAUUGGUUUUAUGCUCUUUUUUGCCUCCUUCAAAUCUCAUGAACUGUUCUCUCUCUCUCUCUCUCCCUCUCUCUCUCUCCUAUGCUGUAAAUUCCAUACCAUCUGUGUUAAUAUCAUGAAUAUAUGCGAUGUGGUUCUUAGGUGGGUGUCUUGUA